GUCACCCACCUUUCCGCACCUCUCGUCAAACACUACAUCUCAAGUUCGACGAACAUUCUGGGACUGAGCAUAUCGACGACGGACCCUUCGCUUUUCAGAUCUACGAACAUCGAGAGCAUACCACCGACCACUAGCGACCAACAACUACAAUGGCAGGACCCGAAGUAUCUCACGGCCGUGGCGGCGCCGGCAACAUCAACCCCGACGACACCAAGUACGUUGACGGAGAAGUCGUCAGAGCAGGCGCCGAGGGCAGCCACGGCGAUGGAGCGUUCAGCACCGGUCGCGGAGGAGCAGCAAACAUAGGCGACGCAGGCGUCAAGCCCCACCGCCGCGUCGACAAGGACAUGAUCCCCGACGUCGCCAUUCGCCACUCCCAGGACACGGAAAAUUACCACACGGGUCGGGGCGGCGCCGGGAACGAGCGUCACGUUUCUCCGGCUGGUAGCGGCAGUGAGAAGGCUAGGAAGGAGGUUACCGCCGCGGCUGCUGCUACGGGGGAGAACAAGACUACUGAGCAUCAUCCUCAUCAUCACCACCAGAGACAGCACAGUCUGGCGGAUAAAUUGAAGUGGAAGCUUUUUGGAAAGCCCAAGGGGCAUGAUACCGAGGUUACGCAUGUUGGGGAGAAUCAUUGAGGGAUGAGAGGGGGUUGACGGGCGCCAUGGAGACGAGAGGUGUGCCAUUGGGGGUCGGUCUCGGCGCUGUGCGGGCGGGUUCAAAGCUGCCUGCCCGGUCUGAGCUGAGCAGCUGAGCUGAACAGGACCUUGGAUACCACGUGUAUCGGGGAGCUGAGAAGGAGAGGGGAAGGCCAGUUUUUGUUCACCAAAUACCCAAUUUUGGCCUUUCUUUUGGCCUUUCUGGGGACAACUUUU